UUCUCCUGACGCAAUUCUGUGACGGACCUGUGCGGUCACAUUGAAGUAAUUGCAAUGUAUCGUGAAAUGUGAGACUAAAUAACUCGCAGGUAUGUUUGUUAAUAGUUCUGUACGGCUUGCUGGCUUUGUGUUUUUCAAGUCCAGAUUAAAAUGGCCGAGACCUGCGAUAGAAUAUCCGACAAAUGAAUGUCAGUGUGUUGUGCUGAAGCGCUCACAUACCAGCUGGACGGGACAUAAACAGCCCACACACUCUGAGGGCAAGACAAGACGUGUCCAUAUCUCCAGUGUCCGUUUUGUCUCCAAAAGCACUCUGGACCCGGCUGAGGUCAGGAAGUUCCAGGUUCUGGCCAAUAAAUGGUGGGACAUUCAAGGUGAAUUUGCACCUCUUCAUGCCCUGAAUGAGCUAAGAGUACCCUUCAUCCGUGAUAACCUGUUGACUUUGCACGGUGGAGGUCAGAUGGGUCGCCCCCUGGCUGAGCUUAGGAUACUGGAUGUGGGCUGUGGUGGAGGUCUGCUCACUGAGCCCUUAGGGCGGAUGGGUGCCGAGGUGUUGGGUGUUGACCCGGUGGAGGUGAGCGUGCGGACAGCAGAGCUGCACUCGUCCCUUGAUCCUGCGCUUAGAGGACGAGUGCGGUAUCGUGCAUGCACCCUGGAAGAGCUUGCUGAAGAAGAUGGAAAUGAAGAAGCAUUUGACGCGAUCGUGGCUUCUGAAGUGCUUGAACACCUGGCAGAUCUUGACACCUUCCUCGACUGUUGCUACCACAUGCUGAAGCCAGGUGGAUCCAUCUUCAUCACCACUAUCAACCGGACUCCGCUAUCCUACAUCUUUGGAAUCGUGAUGGCUGAGCAGGUGCUGCAUAUUGUACCAAAAGGCACACAUGAGUGGGACAAGUUCAUCAGCCCAGUGGAGCUGGAGACACUGCUAGAGUCUUCUGGAAUUAGUGUUCAGUCUGUCCGAGGACUCCUCUAUAACCCUCUCUCCAGAUGUUGGAGUUGGCAGCAGAGCACAGCUGUGAAUUAUGCGCUGCACGCCAUCAAACAGAAGGCAGCGCCACCACAUCAGACCCCUGCUGAGAAUUAGACUUAAAAAAAAAAAAAUCUGUGUGGGUUUGUAUUAUAGAAAACUGUACAUCAUAAUAUAAAUAGGCUUCAUACAGAGGAACAGAAAUAAGUAUAAAAUGCACUAGACUCGCCUCAAGACAUGACAAAUAACUGAUAUUGUUUGUACAUCAAAUAUUACAUAAAAUAUCAUUUGAAUUAAAUGUACAAAUCAAAUGUCUAACUAUACCAAUAAUUCUGUGAACAAUUAACUUUUCUACCUUAAUGUUGCUGAUUCUUCUGUUUGUCUGAAAGCAGCCAUUUUUAUUUCAGCUGUAGCAUAAUGUAAUGCAAGUCGAAGUCUCUGACCACCUCAGAUAUGUGGUUUAUGGUUUAGGGCUGCAGUUUGCACAAUGCUAAACUGUUGACUCGUAGCGGACUUUACUACAAGUCUGAACAUCUAACUGUAGUUUGAUAUCUCCUCCAAUCCAAAAGAAAACUCUGACCGACAUUAAGCAUGUCUUCAUUGCUCAAUAAUGUUUCAGAUAAAGAUAAUUCUGUAUACAUGUCGAGUGUGGUGGGUUGGUGUGUGUGUGUGUGUGUUUUUUUUUUUUUCUUUUAAAUAUUUUAUUUCUUUGGACCUGCGAGUUAGUGUUGCUCUGUGUAUAGUAUUGUAGUUAUUAAUAUUGUUUGUACAUUAAAACCAGCUGUGAUUAAAAAUUAUUUUUGUGUAUUAUGGCACUUGUGGUGCCGAAGUUCUUUAGUACAAGAUCCAAGAACAUUUUUUAAUUAUGAAUACUUGAUCAUUUUUAAAGCAAUACGUUUCUUGCACAUGUUGACUAUGACUACAGAUGCAUUUCCACGCUACGGUGGCUAUCAGUGUAUACAUCCAUUUCUGUUCACUGAGUGCUCAGCUAAAAGAAAACAAUAGGAUUAGAGAAGUGAAAAUUUGUCAUCUAUCUCAUUAUUUCAGUGACAGGUUUAAAGAACGACGCAAAAACAGACUUUAUUAUUCAAAUAAAGUGCAAGCUGUUCUUGAUCUGA